UUGGCCCGGACGUGGCAGUCUCUGCAGAGCCGCCGCCGAGAGAAAGCACGGAGUCGAACCGGAGAGUCCGAGUGAAAAAAAGCCUUGUCCAUUUACGGUUCUCGUUGAGAUUAAAGACGUCGCGACAGACAUGGGGCUCACCCUCUCGUCCAUCUUCGACCGGCUCUUCAGCAAGAGGCAGAUGAGGAUUUUGAUGGUUGGACUUGACGCAGCAGGGAAAACUACCGUCUUGUACAAAUUGAAGCUUGGUGAAAUUGUUACCACUAUCCCAACUAUUGGUUUCAAUGUGGAGACAGUAGAAUAUAAAAAUAUCAGUUUUACUGUUUGGGAUGUGGGUGGCCAGGACAAGAUCAGACCUCUCUGGAGACAUUACUUCCAGAACACACAGGGCCUCAUCUUCGUAGUGGACAGUAACGACAGAGAAAGAAUCGGGGAAGCCGCAGACGAGCUCUCAAAGAUGCUCCUGGAAGACGAGUUGAAAGACGCAAUUCUGCUGGUGUUUGCCAACAAACAGGACCUCCCUAACGCCUUAUCGGUCAGCGAACUGACAGAAAGGUUCGGCCUUCAGAACCUCCGCAACAAGAAUUGGCACAUCCAGUCGACCUGCGCCACCCAGGGCACCGGCCUGUACGAAGGACUGGACUGGCUAUCCCAAAAGUUAUCCCAAAACUAAUGAAGGGUUGCCUGAACGGAGAAGAGAGAGACUGAAGGCCGCAGGAGAAGAACCCGGGCCCAGACAUUCAUUUCACAAACAUUUGGUCUUCCAGCACCAAUGUUCACAGACAGGACCACGCCGGUGGACAGUGUAAUCUUUACAAAGCUUUAAAAGCUUAUUCUUUCUCUUCUAUUAUCUACACUUCUUUGAUAUCUCUUGGCGUUUUUUUGUUCUCAUGCAUGGCAACAACCUGUAAUUCCACACGAGCAAAUGACCAGUAAGGAAGAUUUUAUGGAAACAUUGAAAAGUGGCGAGAGCUCUUUUUCUCCCUUUUACAACUCUGCUCCCGCCACGGCUGCAUUUGUCAGUAAUCGAGUGCUUUUUUUUUUUCUUUUUUCCUUAAUGUUCAAACUUACUCAUAGCUUUUCUUGAGCCUAGGUUGAUGAGAGAUGACAAUAAAACCUCCGAGUUUUGGUGAAGGACAGUUUGUAGGCUGCCACAAGCUGUUCAUCUCCACAGCCCCUUGUGAAUAUCAGACCCGACCGCUUUGCUCCUCACCGCCAUGUCCUCAUUCUAAUGCCGAUGAUUCUGUAAGGGCCUGUGGCUGGGAGGAGGAGGAGGUGCAGGGGGAUUUUGUUCGGAGGGAAAAAUCAUGAAUCCAAAAAGGAACAACGUGCCUUCUGGUCCUUUUUUUUUUCUUUCUUUUUUUCUUUUCUGCACAAAUCUGAGUAAUACUUUCCUUAUCGAGUUUGUGAAUCAUCAGCACCCCACCCCCAUCAUAUGGACAAUAUGGUCUUACAAGGCAAAAUUAUGCAAUGAGACUUUUAAUUUUGAGCCGUGUUGUGUACUGUGGUGCAGCCGAGUCCCAGCGGUGCGAGGAUACGUGACUUUCUGACUUCCAACGCGAUCGUCGCCAUCAGCCAGGGUCUUAUUUGACUGAAACAAUUGUGAAUAUGUCCUCUUUCACUUUGCUUCUCGUUAAUUUCCAAACACUGAUUGUUGCUUUAGUUCUCCUGGACACUCAAAGCAAAUCCCUUUUUAACUGACUGAAAAAAGGAAGGAAGCCUCAUUUUGAAGUUGAAACAUCGCCGUGUCAUUUCAACACCGAAGAGUAGCCUGUUUGUUUUUUGUUUUUCGUGGCCGUGAAUUGUGCCGAGUUUAUUGUUAUGUCUGGAAGAUACUGUAUUAUAUUCUUAAUUAUUCUGCCUCUCUUUGAACACUUAACAUACCUGCCCCUGACUUUAUUUGGGUUUGCAUUCCAACAUAAAUAAAACCAGUGUUU